CCUGCCACAGUGGUCGUCGUCGACGAAGAGCAGGUAUUGUAACAGCAGAUUUCCGCAUUGGCCGGCCGCGACGGAAUAUAUCUACGCACCUUUACACCUUAUUAAUCACACGGGACUCCGUCCACACUCGCCAUCAUGGGUUGCGGUAUGAGCACAGAGGAGAAGGAGGGCAAGCAGCGAAAUGAGGAGAUUGAGAACCAGCUCAAGCGCGACAAGAUGAUGCAGCGCAAUGAGAUCAAGAUGCUCCUGCUCGGUGCCGGUGAAUCUGGCAAGUCGACAAUUCUCAAGCAGAUGAAGCUCAUCCACGAGGGCGGCUACUCGCGCGACGAGCGCGAGUCGUUCAAGGAGAUCAUCUUCAGCAACACGGUCCAGUCGAUGCGCGUCAUCCUCGAGGCCAUGGAGUCGCUUGAGCUGCCCCUCGACGACCAGCGCGCCGAGUACCACGUCCAAACGAUUUUCAUGCAACCCGCACAGAUCGAGGGCGACAGUCUGCCUCCGGAGGUCGGUAAUGCCAUCUCCGUGCUCUGGAAGGAUGCCGGUGUGCAGCAGUGCUUCCAGCGCUCGCGCGAGUACCAGCUCAACGACUCGGCGAAAUACUACUUCGACUCAAUCGACCGCAUUGCCGCCCCCGACUACAUCCCCAAUGACCAGGACGUCCUCCGAUCGCGUGUCAAGACCACCGGUAUCACCGAGACCACCUUCAUCAUCGGCGACCUCACAUACCGCAUGUUCGACGUCGGUGGUCAGCGUUCAGAACGAAAGAAGUGGAUACACUGCUUCGAGAAUGUCACAACCAUCCUUUUCUUGGUCGCCAUUUCCGAGUACGACCAGCUUCUGUUCGAGGACGAGACCGUCAACCGUAUGCAGGAGGCCCUUACACUGUUCGACUCCAUCUGCAACUCGAGAUGGUUCGUCAAGACAUCCAUCAUCCUGUUCUUGAACAAGAUCGAUCGUUUCAAGGAGAAGCUGCCCGUCAGCCCGAUGAAGAACUAUUUCCCCGACUACGAGGGUGGCCCAGAUUACGCUGCGGCCUGCGACUACAUUUUGAACCGAUUUGUCUCGCUCAACCAGCACGAGACAAAGCAGAUCUACACGCAUUUCACCUGCGCCACCGACACCAUGCAGAUUCGAUUCGUCAUGGCAGCAGUAAACGACAUCAUCAUCCAGGAGAACUUGCGGUUAUGCGGUCUGAUAUAAUGAGAAGAGCUGCGAAGAAAAUCGAACAUUUCCACUUGGAUCUUGUAUUGCAUGUCUUUCACGACGGCUCGUAUAUGAUGUCGUCUAUCAGGCGUUGUGGGCCUAUAGCUUCAGCUUUCUUCCGCCGAGUGGCUUGCCUCAGCCCGGGAUCGCUUCUCCUUUGAUUGAUACCCUGCGGGCGGGCUAGGGGCCAAUCUACACACGAAGCGUAACAGGAAAGCCCGUUUUACACAUGAAGACGGAGCAGAUGGAAGCAAAGUGUGCGAGACAUAGGAGGAUUCUUAUAAACUGGUUCUCUUUUUUGGGGGGGUUCAUGGCUAUAGUUUUGAGCGGUCUCUCCCCGCGGAACAAGCCCUCUGUUUUUGCUUGUUCAGCAGAUUUUUGUUUCUUUAAUACCAUUCCCUUCCAAACGUA